AUGUCUACACCACCACCCAACCCGCCGCUGCCCGUCACCACCGUGCCGCUACCCGUCACCACCGCGCCGCUGCCUCUCUCCACCGCGCCGCUGCCUCUCCCCACCGCGCCGCUGGACUCCACCGCCGGCGCCUCCACCGGCCAGACGCCGCCACCCUCAACCGCGCCGCCCGUUGCCGUCUACUCGCCGGCGGAGAUGACCGGAUCCUCAACGACCUCGUCACCGCCGUCCACGGCAUACGCCUCUACCUGGCCGGGCCCUACGGGGCAGCCGCCACCCUUGCAGCCGACUGCCGCGACCGGGCCAUUCGCCCUGCCCUGGUACGCGGCCACCACGGCGCCGAUCAGGCCUCUAUACCACCACUGGCCCGGUCAGCCGCCGCCCGCCGUCGGCCCCCAUUGGCCGCAGUGGCCGGCUCCGGCGAUCGCCGCGCCCCCGAUGCCUCCCGGGUCCAGGCAGCCGCAGCCCCAGCUGCUGGCCCCACCGCCGCCCGCUGCUGCGCCUCAAUGGCCACAGUGGCCGGCCCCGGCCCUCGCGGCACCCCCCACGCCACCCGGGUCCGUGCCGCCGCAGCCGCAGCUGCGGGCCCCGCCACCGCCCAGCAAGGGGCCCGGGUCACCCUCGCAGGGAGGCGUACCGAUCCAGCAAGUGCGCUUCCCGCCGUCGCCGUCCCCAAUACCGGCCUGGCUAACCGGAUCCUCGUCGCCACCCGUCUACACGUCAGCUGGAGUGUAA